CAGGCACCAGGUUAGGAAUCCAUAGAUUUGAGCAGCGUGCGGAACUCAUUCCUCCUCAAAUGUGUUCGUAGAUGGUUGCAUCUUGUAACUACUCGGGUACACGGAAUCCUACUCGAGGAAAGUCGCGAUCCUGCGAUGAAAAGUUAAAAAUGUGAAGGUUUAUUUCUAUUACCGGAUGGUCAGGAGCCCCCGCAAAUGUCAGCAGUCACCUGCAGUGGGUCCCACGCGUCCUUCUCUCCCCUUUUCCAGCCUGUCCAAGCACUUUUUUUAGGAUGGCAACACAGGUCAGCUCUGCAAAUACAACUCACAAAUUGGAAGAGGAGAUGAAGCAAGCAUCGCCCAAGAAAGGGAAGGCUGGCUAACCUUGGUUUCUGAGCAGCUAACUGCCUUAAUUAGUGGUCACAGUCAUGCAGGAUAGUUGAAAGUUCCUAAAGAGACUCACAAUCCCCAACCUAAAUCCAAGGCUGUGGGUACAGGAGUACACAUCUCUGAGGUGACCUAACUCACCCAGUUCUCCUCAAGGAAUGUUAUCUUCCUUCCCUCCACUGACCAGAGACAGAGGUCCUUUCAUAGGAGUGAACUCCAUCUCUUUUGCCCUUUAUCACUUUUUCAAGGAUUUACUUGUGACCAAUGAAAAUUGUUAACUGUAAUCUGCUAAUAUUUAUGGCUGGAAGACUGGCAAAGUGUCUUGUCCACUUUGGGGUAUUUUACUCAUCUCAGAUGUUGGGGACAGGCAAACUUCAGUGACCAUCUGAGCCUGGGAAAAGGAAAAAUAGAAGCUAAACGGGGGCCGGAAAGUGAGCUGCACUGUUGCCUUGAUCCUAUGGAAGCUGAUAACCACAUGCAGAAUUAAAUUGCUGACCAAGCCCUGUUUAUGUUUAUAGCUAGAAGAACCUGUACUGUCAUCAUAAUAUAGAAGAAUUCAAUAUAGGAAAGAGAAACAGCAGCGAAUGAAGACUAUAAAAGAAAAGAAGAAAGAAUGCCAAAGAUUAAGAAAAUCUGCCAGGACUAGGAGGGUUAAGCAGAGGAAACCGUCUUCAGGGCCAGUUUGCCGACUAUGCCUCCAAGAACCUGGGGAUCCUGAAAAAUUAGGAGAAUUUCUGCAGAAAGACAAUAUUAGUGUGCAUUAUUUCUGUCUUAUCCUGUCUAGCAAAUUGCUUCAGAGGGGCCAGUCCAACAGAGGUUUCCAUGGCUUCCUGCCUGAAGACAUCAAAAAGGAGGCAGCCCGGGCUUCUAGGAAGAUCUGCUUUGUGUGCAAGAAAAAGGGAGCUGCUAUCGAGUGCCAGAAGGAUCAGUGCACUAGAAAUUUCCAUCUGCCUUGUGGCCAAGAAAGGGGUUGCCUUUCGCAAUUUUUUGGAGAGUACAAGUCAUUCUGUGGAAAACAUCGCCCAACCCAGGACAUCCAACGGCGGAAAGUGGAAGAGGAAAGCUGCGUCUUGUGUUGUGAAGACCUAUCCCAAUCAAGUGUUGAGAACAUACAGAGCCCUUGUUGCAGUCAAACUACCUACCACCGCAAGUGUAUUCAGAAAUAUGCCCACACAUCAGCAAAGCAUUUCUUCAAAUGUCCCCAGUGUAACAAUCGAGAAGAAUUUCCUCAAGAAAUGCUAAGAAUGGGAAUUCAUAUUCCAGACAGAGAUGCUGCCUGGGAACUCGAGCCAGGGGCUUUCUCAGAGUUGUACCAGCGCUAUCAGCAUUGUGAUGCCCCCACCUGUUUGUACGAGCAAGGCAGAGACAACUUUGAGGAUGAAGGGAGGUGGCGCCUCAUUCUGUGUGCUACAUGUGGAUCCCACGGAACCCACAGGGACUGCUCCUUUCUUAGAUCCAACAGCAAGAGAUGGGAGUGUGAAGAGUGUUCAUCUUCUGCUUCACCCACAGACUACAUAUCUGAAAAUUCAAGUGACAUCCCCUCCUGCAGCAGCACCUUAAACCCCCAGGAGCAUUUCUGCAGAGACACCAACCUGGUAGAGAAUCCAGGCCCUUCUUGGACCAGAUGGUCAAGAACUUCUUAUUAGAAAAGCCAGAGUCCUCUGGUAGCAGAAGUGGCCAUUCCUGAUAGUCUUAAGUGUGUCAGAAUCACUAACAGCUGCAAAAAGUCCAAUUAACAGCUUCUAAAUAAUUUCUACCAAGCAUGUAUU